AUGUAUUUUUUCUUUAUGGAAGAUGUAGAAAAUUUGUACCUGUGUUUUUGUGAAGUUGCAAGACCAGAAACAUCAGAAAAAGAUGCUUGGAUAAUUCAAAAGUUUCCAGAUUCGUAUAAAGAUGAUCAUAUAUUAAAAUCAGUCCCUAGAUUCACUUAUCCUUGUGAGUUUGAAAAUAUAAAUGUUCAGCAUUUUUCUUUUGUAUUGACAGACCUAGAUUCCAAAUGGACAUUUGGAUUUUGUAGGCAUGACCCCAAAACUGAAACAGCCCUAGUAUUUCUUAGUCAUUUACCUUGGCAUGAAGUGUUUGCCAAAGUAUUGAACUCUGUCGCUGAACUUAUUAGGUCUUCAAUGCCUGAUCAAUUAGAUAAAUUUUUAUGUAAACUGUUAGAAAGUAAAGUUCCUCUACCUGGUGCAACAUUAAGCUUUAGUUAUAAUAAUGAUCAAAAUGUGUUUGAAUGUCAGAGCCCAUUACAAUUUCAGCUUCCUAAAAUACCCCAAAGUAAAAAUUUAACUGAAUAUUAUAAUGCAGUAGAUAUAAGUAAUAUGCUAGUCAUUUUUGCAUCAAUGUUAUAUGAAAGAAGAAUAAUAUUCACAUCCAGAAAAUUAUAUCGAUUAAGUGCAUGUGUUCAGGCAGCAAAUUUAAUUAUUUAUCCAAUGCAUUGGCAACAUAUAUUUAUUCCAGUUCUUCCAAAACAUUUGUGUGAAUGUUUAUUGGCGCCUAUGCCAUUUUUAAUUGGUGUACCUACUUCACUUUGGGAAAAUGUUCAUAAAGCUGAUUUGGGAGAUGUUGUCGUUUUAGAUGCUGAUAAUAAUACAAUAAAAACUCCUUUUAACGAUGUAGAUUCACUUCCUCAAGAUGUUGUAAAAUUUUUAAAAAGUCAGCUUAAAAAUAGAAGUGCAUUGAUUGGAGAUGGAUUUGCAAGGGUUUUUUUAAAAGCUUUAGUUCAACUGAUCGGUGGAUACAGAGAUGCACUUAAACUUCAACAGGGUCAAAAAAUAACAUUUAGCCAAGAAGCCUUUGUUGAAUCAAGACCUUCCAGCAUGCAGCCUUUUCUUAAAGACAUGCUUCAUUUACAAAUUUUUCAACAAUUUAUUGACGAACGUUUAGAUCUUUUAAAUUCUGGAAUGGGUUUUUCCGACGAAUUUGAAUUUGAAGCUUGUAAUUAUUCAGAAAAAUCUAGUUCGAAAAUAAAAGCACAAUAUAAAGAAUGGGUUUCAACGAUGAGGUCUCAGGGUACUGCUUUUUUUAAAACAGUGAAAAAUAAAGCAAAUCCAGCCGUCAAAUCCGCUGUAAAAUCCGUGAAAGAAAGAGGAAAAGAAGUGAAAACUGCAUAUAAAGGAAUCAGGUUGAAAGUUAAAAAAGAAGCCGAUAAUUUUAGGGAGCAUACAAAUUUAAAAGUCAAUAUUUCUAAACCGAGAUCUGCUCCAAGUUCACCUACGUUACACAGAGCUCGACCCAUGUCCUUUGGUAAUUUAGAUCCCAUAUCAGUCGCUUCCACAUUUAAAAAGCAAAAAAGGUUUGCUGCUCCCGUAAACAGUUCCAGAACAACAGAAUACGUAUCCCUAAGUCCUCAAUCGGAUGAUUUUCUUUCUCCUUUGGGAGAUUCUGACACGGCAUCAAAAUCAGAUAUUCCUAAUUUAAAUAUGGAUCUUAUGGGAGAUUUACAAGAAAUAAUCAAUAGACAAUGCACAAUUAGUAAUAAUAAUAAUAAUAAUAAUAAUAGCAACACUUCUUUUCCACCUGUGUAUAGGAGUUUAAAACCCGUCAAGAGUUUUAAUACGUUUCACAAAUUCGAGGUUGUGGAAAAGGAUUUCUCGAAUUUACAAACGAAUCUCGAAAAUUUAAAGAAGUCUGAACAUUUUCCUGUAAAAUCAACCUCUAGUUUACCGAUCACCACAAAUCCUUUUACCAAUGAUUGGGGGAAAAAAAAUUUUUCAGAUGGCACCACAGUUUUUGAAUCUGAGACAGUAGACAAAAAUCCCAUUGAACAUGGCCUAAAUUCAAUGAAUCCAUUUUUUCCCGAUAUUGUACAGACUUCUCUAAAAGUUAAAAAUCCUUUUGCUGCAACUUCAGCUCCGUCUGACUCCGUAAAGUGUAACGGAUCGGGUUCAGUGGGAGAUCUCAUACGAUUGGAUUCAAUACCGAAAGAAGAAAGUUUUGAUCCGUUAGAUAGAACGGAUAGCGAAGAAACAAUUGCCUUUCCCAAAGGGCUAAUAAAUCCUUUGUAUCCCUAUUAUAAAUUAAAUGGUACCACCACCACCACCACAGAUUCUUCAAUGGACGUUACAAAAGAAACAAAAGAACCUAGUUCGAAUAUUUCUUUCUUACAUAGAAAUUCAAAUGUGUUAGGAAGUUCUAAUUUCAACAAGCAAGAUUUAGAUUUGUUAAAAGAAUAUGGUAUGGAUUUCAGAGCCAACACAACUCGGAGUGAUUUAACUAAUAAUUUAUCAUCAAAUAAUGAUCCCUUCGAAUUGUCAUUCGAUGAUUCUACUGUAGUGAAAAAAAAAAGCAAUUGGGCUACUUUUGAAUAA